AUGGUAGAGUUCUUGCAAAGCUCGGUUGGGAUCGUGCACAAGAACCACGCCGAGAGCAUAACAACGUAUAUCAAGGAGAGUGUGGAUGAGGAGCUGAAGGAAACACCCACUCGAAAGAAGAGAAUCACAUUGUGCGUUGAGGGAAAUAUCAGUGUCGGGAAAAGCACGUUCUUGCAGAGAAUAGCCAAUGAAACCCUUGAGCUUAGAGACCUUGUGGAGAUUGUUCCCGAACCAAUCGACAAGUGGCAGAAUGUGGGCCCGGACCGCUUAAACAUAUUAGAUGCAUUUUAUGCCGAGCCUGAGAGAUAUGCCUAUACAUUCCAGAACUACGUGUUUGUUACAAGGGUCAUGCAGGAGAGAGAAUCAUCAGCUGGCAUUAAGCCCCUCAGACUAAUGGAAAGGAGUAUAUUCAGUGAUAGGAUGGUAUUUGUUAGAGCUGUCCAUGAGGCAAAGUGGAUGAAUGAGAUGGAAAUUAGUAUCUAUGAUUCAUGGUUUGAUCCCGUUGUUUCAAGUUUGCCUGGUCUUAUUCCUGAUGGGUUUAUCUACCUGAGAGCAAGCCCCGACACUUGCCACAAGCGUAUGAUGAUGCGUAAGAGGACAGAAGAAGGUGGGGUCUCCCUUGAUUAUCUGCAAGGCUUGCAUGAGAAGCAUGAAAGUUGGCUUUUCCCAUUCCAAAGUGGAAAUCAUGGAAUCUUGUCCGUGAAUAAACUACCCAAAGAUGUGGAUUGGUCAUUGAUUCCUAAUAUUAAAGACCGUGUGUUUUAUUUGGAAGGUGAUCAUAUGCACUCAAGCAUUCAGAAGGUUCCCGCUUUGGUUCUUGACUGUGAACCUGACAUUGAUUUUAACAGGGACAUAGAAGCGAAGCAGGAGUAUGCUCGGCAAAUUGCAGAGUUCUUUGAGUUUGUGAAGAAGAUGAAAGAAGUUUCCGAUGCAAAAAGUGGAGACGAGGCAGGAAAGGGCAAGCAGGGUCCAUUAUUUCUACCACAUCAUGGAAAUCUAUGGAUGCCCGGUACGCAGCCGUUUCCAGAUUCGGCCCUCAAACCACUGGAUUUCAGACAAUCCAUGUCGGUUAUGUCUUCAUAG